AUGGUUGAGAUUUGGGGGAGGCGAGCGGUCUUUGACCUGGAUUGGAGGCAAUUUGAGGCCGUUAUCACACGUUCUGCAGAGAGUACGGAGUCACCAAUUUUAGAGGAGGCCGGUGAGAGUGGUUCAGAACAGAAGCCAAAGCCUCCAAUUAAAUAUGGAGAACUCGUCAUACUCGGAUACAACGGCUUCCUACCGGCCGGCGAACGCGGACGGCGCAGAAGCAAAUUCGUAUUAUACAGAAGGCCGCAACCAAAUGGUGUGCGAAGGUCUAAACACUAUGUGGUGAAGACACCGCACAGCAGCAAAGCAAUUCUUGACGCGAGCCAGCACUCCAUAUCCUACACAUUGAGCCGCAGUCAUGCGGUCAUUGUUGAAUACACAGAAGACCUGGAAACGGAUAUGUUUCAGGUGAGUUUAUAA